UGGGAAUACUAGACUGCAAUUUCAGUCUUAUGUUACGGAGCACGUCAUUUUAUUUGCGCUUUAACAUAAAGCGAUUGAAUUUGUAGAAUUCAAACAUUCGAAGCAGUAUGCAACGCGUUCUAUUGGUUUUGUGCAGCAUAUUUGUCCCAGUUUUGGACUACGAAGCCGAAAAUAUUGAGAAAUUUAACCGGUUCCACGCGGCGUACCUCAAAUGCCAAGAGUCUCCCGAGACCUCUAUUGACGAGGACUUUCUGUGCGACGUUGUGAUUAACCAGGAAGUACCCGCCGAAGUGCCGGAAAGUGCGCCAAACUUUCUACUGUGUUUGGCGAAACUUCUUCAACUUCAAGACGAAGACGGAAACCUCAACUCCGCCCUAAUUAGGGAGAGAAUCGAACAUCACCAAAAGGAUCCGAACAGAGUGGCUAAAUUAAUGGAUACGUGCAUUGUCCAAAAAGACACUCCUCAAUAUACCACGAUAUUUAUGAUCGACUGUUUAUCGAGGGAGGCGGCGAAAGUCGGACUCACGAAUGUCGACGCCAUGUUGGAAGUACUUUGAAAUGUGUCCCUAUGUGUUCCUCUUCUAUGACUGACCAAGUUAUCACAAGGCCAGCCACUUCGGUUUUGUAAAGUGGCGGGAGCAAAUGGCGAAAUUCUAUAAAACCGUUUACGGUAAUUUGCUGUUAUUAAUUAAUAAUCGAUUGAUUAUUAAUUUAAAUUAAGUGCAUUUUGACGACAGUGACGACUGAUACGGGCAAGACUGACUUUUUUCAGAGACGUUUUUGUAGGUUUCAAUUUUCGUAGCUAAAUUUGUUUCCGGUUUUAGUAAUACGAUAUGUUCUAUUUAAUGAUUUUAAAGUUACAUUGUAAAAUAAUUACAUGAAACAAAAAGACUUUCGGAACCUACUGUGAUAAUUGUCAGAUAUCCCAAUUUUUAAUAUACUUGCUAUCCUAGUAUUAAAGCCUAAAACGGAAAACAGACAAGUAGUAUUAAGUAUCUUUGGUAAAAUUUUGCUAAGAAAAAACUACACAUAUGAGAUAGUGUAUUCAUAAACACAACAUUUUUUUUUUCAUAAAGAUAUAGCUCGAAUUUUUGUUCUAGAUUUGGAGUUAAUAUUAAUAUUCACUUAAAUUAUACUUACGUUGCGACUUAAUAUGGUAUUUCGUGACUUACCUAAUUUUAUUAGGUCCCAUAAAGGUGACCUAAAUUUUCGUGUCAGCAAAACCCAAAUCGUGUUUUCACAUUUUAUAGGUUUGUCGGUAAAAAUGUAAAUAUUAUUAGGUCACACAAUUUAACCUUACAUUUGAGCAUAAUAUGUAAGUACUCGUAACCUUAAAAUGGACUUAAUAUUGUUUAGCUCUGAGGUUCGGAUCUGGUUUUUGAUCAAGUUGUAAUAAAAUUGUAAAUAAAAAAACGCGAAUCAGUAAAAAUAACAAUGUUGAUAAUCUGUGCAAAGAUAAGACCCGACACACUGAAUAUAUCAAUAUGCAAUUUUUUAACUCAUUUGUUUCGUUCUUAUAAGAUGAACUUUAGUUUCAUAUUUAAUUAACGUGGGAAAAAUUAUUUUUUCACUAAAAUUAAAUUUACCUAUAAUGUUCGCGAUUUUUUACAAAAAAACCAAUAUAAAUUGUUAAAGUUGAGUCUUUAGGCUUUCGAAAACUGUACAACAAAGUAUGAUUAUCAUUAAAAGAAGAUUAAUUACAGCCAUUUAAAAAUUACUAAAUUUUGAACUUUUCAGAAAUAGCUUCUAAUAAUUUUUUAUCUACAUAAUUCCGCAAAAUUUGUAUCCUAAUUAAUAGUAAGCGUUUUAUUUCUAUGGAUAUCAAAUUUUAAAAUGGUUGUCAGUACGUAGUGUAGGUGGCAGCACUAAUUCUAUUAGAUCAUACGAUACAGUUGUCAAAUUAUCAGUGUCUGCAACACAUGUAUUAAGAAAUUAUUGUGUAUUGUCAUUCUUUAAAAAGAGAGCGGGAACUUUUGAAGAAAAAAAAAACUCAGAAAUAAAAAAUUAAGGAGCAUACAUUUUUUGAGAAUUUGUUCGAUAUGUCUAAUCAGAACUCAGCACAUUCUUUAACAGAAGCUCAUUCUAAAUAUUUAAAUGGAGAAUGGAAAACGUCAAAUCGACAUAGCAUUUUUUUUCUGCAAACAUAGAAGUUUCGACAGAGACUCUAAUGAAGAUUUAGGUGAAGAACCAAACAACGAUUACACAGGUAGUUAUAAUAUGAUUGAUUCUACAAAUAAAUUCUGUAUUCUACAAAUUCUAAUUUAUAAAUUGUUUUUAGGUUUGAGUCAAAGUUUGAUUGAAAUAUUCAUCUUCCAAAAUCAAUUUUUGCUAUCAAAAAAAGAUAUAGUGUUCUGCUGUUAGCUGUUAUAGAAUACACGCAAAUCCAAUUAGACAUUGCAAAUGCUGCUCUUGAAAAAUUGCAACUGCAUCUUUGGUGGUUUUCAGAACACUUGAUUAGUUUUUUUUAUGAAAGAAUAACAGUAGACAUUAAAUUAUAAACGGUAAGCGCUAUUAAGCAUAAAAAAAAGUGAUAACAGAAACAAAAUAAAAUUAGAGGUGAGGAAUAUGAUCUGGAUACACUAGUUCAAGAAGACCUAAGUGAUUUUAUUAGUGUGGAGUCUCUUUUUCUUUUUGAUCAGCUUCAAUUGCCCUGUGGUUUCUUUGAUGUUUAUCCAGAUUUGUGAGAAAAAAGUCAAGAUUUCAUUGAAUGUAAAAAAAUUGUGAAGAGUUUAAAAGUCGUCAGCGAUGUAGCAGAGCGAGGUGUAGCUCUGAUUGCUGCUUACAGUCGUUGCUUAGCGAGAAACGAAGAGCAAAAACAAUUUUUACUCCAAUUAGUUCAAUAUCACAGGCAAAAAUUCCCGAAUUUUAAUAAAAUAACACUGAGUAAUGAAAAGUAAAUUAAAUUAAUAUCCUACCUAAAAGGCGUAUUUUUCUUAACUGUUAUAUUGUAUCAUUAUCAUUAAUAAUAAGCUAAUCAUUAAAAUGGAUGUUUGAUUUUUUUGUUGGAUACUUAAUAUAAGCUAAUAUAUAAAAAAUUGUAAUCGAUGAUUGCAUGUAAUAAUACAUAUCAUUCAUUUUUUCAAUUAUCAUCAAGAGUUCUGCCACCCACACUACGUACUGACAACCAUUUUUGAAAUUUGUAAUCCAUAAAAAUAAUAAUACUGACCAUUCCCUCAUUGAAAAUAAUGACAUUUAAAUACUUCUGAACAUUUUAAAUUCCUUCUCUUAUGCAGAAUUGAAAUUAUCAAUUUUUUGAAAUUCAUUUUUCUAAUCAGGGUUAGUUAGGAAAAAAAUUUUGAGAAAUUAUGUAGAUAAGUAAUAAUUAGGAGCUAUUUGAGAAAAUUUCAUAAUUUAGUAAUUUUUAAAUAACUGUAAUUAAUCUUCUUUUAAUGAUAAUCAUACUUUGUUAUACGGUCUUGGAAAGCUUAAAGACUUAACUUUAAUAAUAUAAAUCAGUUUUUUUGUAAAAAAUCGUGAACAUUAAACGUAAAUUUAAUUUUAGCUUCAUUAUCACACUCAUAACACGUUUGAAAACCUGCGGAAAACCUUUUUUAACUGCUCCAAGUUUAUGAAAAUCCAUUCAGUCAUUUUGAAGUUACCGAUAUUUCUUUCUGUUUUAAUUUAAGACAUAGAGUGAAAUGGAUCCAACAAAAAAGAAUUUAAUUUGACUCAGCUUAAGAACGGUAUCCUUUCUAAGUAUCAUUAAUAUAACGAAAUUCUGCAAGAAACUGCUUUUAAUAUUCAAUAUGGCAAUUAAGGCCAUUUCAGAACUUUAAAAAUGAUUUCCGCCAUUAUUUUUUCAAAUUUUUAGAAACAUUCUUUUCCCCAAUACCGCGUUGCCCUCACUGGGACACCCACAAUAUAUCGGUAAAAUAACCGGCGAUGUCCAGAUCUGGCAACAUUGUCUCAGCUCGUCACGAUAUUUUCAUUGCAUUAAAACGAAAACAAAGCUAUCUCCCUAGAUUAUAUAUCUAAAGACUAAUUUGGAACCGCUGUAAAAAUAUCGGGUUAUAUAAUUUAUUUUUGUGGUUAACAGUCCGAAACGUGUAAUCUAAUUACGUCGAUACACAAACCGCGAAGCCACAAAGCACUGAUCGUUCAUGGAAAAUGGACAUAAAAAUAGCGAUAAUAGAAACAUUCUAUUGCCCCAGCGAAACUCGAAACUGACCGGGGAUUUUUAUAGUUACCGGGAAAUUAAUUUCUACAGCAAUAACACUUACAAGUUUGAUAAUGUGUGACCGUUCCGAUAUAACCGGAACCAUGUUAAUAUCAGUUUCUUAAUUCGCUUUUUUUUGGGUUGCGAAGAUUUUUUUUUAAGCAGAAUUUAUAAAAAUCCUUGCCAAAAAAGCGUAUGGUGGUAGGUUGGUACUACGGGGCUUGCCUAAGCACACUUAUCAAUAUCAGAUAUUCACUCAAGCAAUUUAGUUUAAUUAUUCCAAAGGGGCCAAAUGAAUUUGGCACUAUGGUGUUCAUUAAAGCUGGAUAUUUUCACCAACAUUGGCAAGCACAUAUAUAUUCUCCCACUGUUCCCCAGCAAAGACUGAAUCUGAGUAGAAUGUAAGGAGAAGAAUGCAAUGAACAAAUUAUUCGAAAGAUUACCAAAAUAUUCAGAAAAGCAGCAACAAAAGUCACAGGAAGCACAAAUUGAACAACCAAAAGCAAAGAAAGGAUGCCUAUGGAAAUAAUAACACUAAUAAAAACACGAGCGACGAUAACUAUACUCAACUCGAAAAAUAAAUGGAGCAUGAAAUAAAAAAAGCAAAAAAGAAAGCUUAUCUCAACUCAACUCGAGAUUGUUAAAUAUAUCAGUAAUGACAAAAAGAUGCUCACGGUCUACAGAUAACAGAACACGACAAAGAGAAAACUUGGGAACAAUACAUAAAAUCAUUGUUUACUGACAACAGAGAAGAUAGGAAGAACCCAAUUCGGAAAUCUUAAAAUACAGUGGAAUUCCUGAAAAUCCUAAACGAUGAAAAUUUGACUUAAAUAACUAUACUGUUUAACCAAAUGUAUAGGGAAGCAAAAGUUCCAAAGCUCAAAUCGGUGUCUGUGUCUCUGCCAAAGAAGAAGAGUCCUCAAUUAGCGAGCCAUUCCCUUAAAAUAAUCUUGCAAGUAAAACAAAACAAACUCUUUAAAAGAUGUGAACACCAAUUGGUUAACACCCAACUUGGUUUUAGAGGCGGAAUGGGAACCAGGGAGGCUCUAUAGGAAAUGACGGUCCUACUUUUGACCAAUGGCAGCACGCAAGAUUUAUAGACCACUUAAAUCACAUCAAAAAUCACUACGUGACAUUAGCCUUAUAAGGAACAUAUAUUACUAUCAAUGAGCUACAGUAAAAAGAGAUGAUGAUGAAACCAAUGAAGUCGCUAUACAGAAAGGCUUUAUACCGAAAACUCACUGCAACAAAAAUGAGGGUAUGAAAAUCGGAGGCCAGGUUAAAAAUAACAAGAUUUGCGGACGAUACGGCUAUUUAGGCAGAAAGAAUAGACGACUUACAACAUUUGCUGGGACAGGGACAACAAAGCAACGUUAAACAAACAAAAUACAUAGUCGUAUGAAAAAAUCAAAUGGUUCACAUACGACUGGUUCAGAAAGGAAAUGUAGAACGAGUCAAAAAUUAUAAAUAUCUAGGUGCCACAAUCAGCUCAAAAUUAAACAAAUACUAGAAGUGAAAAUUGAAAUUGCUAGAAAAGGGUUCAUAGUUCAAACGUGUGGUCGCCAACCUUAGUUAGAAGACGGCAUGUAAGAAAAGAAGAGUUGUGUACAUCUUAGUUUUUCCUUGACAUCACUUUCGAAGCGUGGAUCUGAGAAUACUUCCUUCCAGGUUUUGACCAAUGUAGUAGCCCCCCCUUCUAUUUUUUUUUUUAAAUCGAAAGGGUGCUCGAAAGAAACACUUUAUCUGAUUACGCUAUAGUAUGGUGGUUUCAUGGAUAAUAAUUCUAAUGCAUCUAAAUCUGUAAUUAAAAACCUGGGUUUACAUAUCGAAGAAGACCUACAAAAAGCUCACAUCAAAAUGCAAUUUCGGAAUCGAGUGUGGGACUUCUUAGCCCUGUAAUUGUUGUAUAACAGUUGCAGAUAGCAAACGUAUAAAAAAAAUAUAAAAUUCUCAGAGAAUUUGUCACAAAAUUAAGGAAAACUAUGCGACAAAGAUGGUUACUUCAUUCACUUUCUUUGUAACUGAAAAAUCUCUACUAUAUCUAUAUAAUAAAAUAAGUUUUAGAAUUUAUAUCUACAACCUCAAUAUUAGCAACAAAU